UCUGUGGUGCUGCAGUGAGAGGAAGGUCUGGCUUGGUGUUACUGGUGAUUGCUGACAGUAGCGCAGCUUCAGGCUGCCUCGCUGGAAUGAAGGUCAGGGCCUUCAAGGAAGCCAGGUAAGUCCCAGUGCUUCCAUCCUGGGAUCUCAGAUGCAUGUGCAGCACCAACUGGUAUUUCAGAAGUCCUGAUGGAGAGAGAAAAGAGGUUCCUUAUAGACAUAUUAUAAAAGAGAAGUGAAAUAUCUUUAAAAAAUCAAAUGUAAAACUAUGAAAUAUUAAAUCAGUAACAAUGUGCAUCUGGCCUUUAGCUUACAAAUCAAUGCCAUUUAAAACAAAAUACUAGAAAAUAAGAUAUGAAAUGUCCAAGUCUAUAAAGUUUUCAAUUCUUUAUUAACACAGGGUGACCUCAUUACGCAAUGCAGCAAAACAAGGUAUGUCACUCCUUGCCUCCCAUUUGGAUGCUAGUGAGGCAAAACACUGAAGCUAGAAAUUGGAUCUUGGCAGCCAAAUCAGGAUGAUAAAGGUGUAUCCUUCUUUAAUUUUGCAACAGAGAGUAAUAUAUAACCAACAGAGUUGGUUGAAACACAAGCUGUAACUACCACAAAAAAAAAGUUCCCCUAAAAUCUCAAAUAUUGCUGAAAAGCUCUUUGACAUUAUAAUUUCAACAUUUUUCUAUAGACUAUGUUGUCAGAUUACAGAAAAAUUAUUUGCAUAAAUUACCCACCAUACUUCAGUGGAUUUGUAGUAGAGAGAAAGCAAUAUAUCAGUAAGAGAACUGUCUGUGCCUUUGCAAAUGGUUUGUUCUAUUGCCUAUGUUUUCCUUCUUUCUGACCGAUUUUUUAAUCUUCAUGUCCUUCUUCAGGUUUCCUUCCCUACUUACUUCUGUUUUUCCCUUCUUCCUCCUUUAUUCUGUCUGUAUUUCCCUUCUUUCCUUUUUAUCUCUCACAUAAUAAAGAAGAACAGAUAUUGCAAAAUAAUGCUACCAUAAAUGAGAAAAACUAUGCUAUCUGAGAAAUGGAGCAAAGAUUUGAUCUUUCAGACUUUGGUAAGAAUACUGUGAUGUUAACAUCGUUGCAGUCAAAGCAAUUCUUCAGGUUGUGAGAUGAAGAACCAUGGACAGUUGUAGGUACUCUACCUAGAAUAACUCCAGGAGGAUUACCCCGUGGUUCAUACAAUGCACAAAGUUCAGGUUCUGUAGCACAGAAGCAUAUUACUUUGGAUGACAAACAUAUUUGUUGGUAAGAGUUUUUCACAUGAUUCUAAUCUUUCAGAAAAUCCAAGACCUCUGGUGAAAUCAUCUCCCCUGUUUUACGGAAAAAUUAUCAGCACUUUCCCAAUGAGAGAAAGACCGAAGGGCCUGGCCCAGAAAGUCAGAAAAGUCUGUGGGAAAAGUAGCAGGAGAGUCCUUAAGGAUAAAAUACAUUUAAUUUAUCUCCAUACUUAAAGCUUGAAUUUGUACCUCAAAUUAGAGGCUGGUGAUUGGUACAUCCAAUCAGAGAUUCUUCACCGUGUUCUUUGUUAACCGUUUUUUGGAUUUCCAUUUCUCCAAAUCUCUUAAUCUCUUUAAUCUCUGUUAAUCUGAAAUGCCUGGCUCGGAAUUCAGUCAAUUUUAACGGAAUUUCCAAGCAUUUCAAGCAAGCAUAUGUUUCUGUGCCAGUCUGUGCCUGGAACUCUGGCACCGAAAUAUUCAGAACAGAAGUAGGCAAUAGAGUUUCAAAACAGCUGAAUGACAUUAUUUUUAUUUUUGUGCGAUUUAAUAUUCAAGUUUGAUAUUGCUACAAGAAGCUGCAAUUCAACAGCUAAUGCACUUGAAUUGGUAUAAUGCAUGGUUUGGAACAUGCUAAAUCUUUCUAAAUGCAUCUGUUGUAACUGAGGGAGCAGCACUGACUGAGGCUUUUACUAUUUGAUGGUAUUUUUUAACUAUAAGGAUGGAUUUUUUCUCUGUCAUUUAGCACUACUGAAGGUUUGGAAAAGUAGCAUAUGUCAUAUUUUCCUUUGCCUCAUGAGCAAUGCCUCAAUGAUGCUCUGAUUUUCACUGAAAAUAUUAUAAAAACAAGGAGCUACAUUUUAAUAAUGACUUGAGAAGUGUCUUUGUAAAGUAUCUCACAUUUUUUGAUCUGAAUAACCUAGAUUUCUGCCAUAGUCCAUCCCACAUAUUCCUUUUGUUUUUAAAUAGAAGUGUCAAAGAUGAAUAACCACCCAUACAUAUUUUCAGUUUAUUUUUCCGCAGGGCCACAAUUUCACCUCAGUCUUUACAUCAAACUGCCACUGAGGCCAAGGGGAAGUUCCACAUACAGAAUAUGUGGUGAAUACGGCAGUUAUCUCUGAGGUAGUUUUGCAUCCUGCGGUCUCCCUGCUGCUGUCAUUUGGAUGUGCUGACUUUUCCUGUGCAAAAGUCAUCUGAGAAAUACUCUGUGCCAGUUGAUUUUUUUCACAUGCUUAAAAGAAAAGUAGAAUAAAUGGAACGGAAGGAUUGAAUAGAUCAGUAGCUGUGGUAACUCCAGCAAUUGCACUAGAGAUAAUAAUAAGCGUCAUGGAUUGAACAUUCUACAGGAAGCCAAAAUCUGCCUCAUGAUUUAUUUAAUCUUUACUUUUGCUACAGAGGUGGUAUACACUAACAGCUGGCUAGUAUUAGUCAUUAAGUGCAUAUUUACUGUGAUUAAUUAACAACAUUAAUUUCUCUUAAUACCACAUGUGCAAGUUCGGUAUUUCACAAAACAUCUCACUUUUACUUUGCUUCAUCAUUUUACUGAAAAAGAGAAGCCUGUGUUUUUAAAGACAAUAUAAAUUCACAUAUUUACCAUAUUUACCUAGCUUUCUCUGCUUUAAAUGGAUAUCUGCUCUAUUUUCCAGAAGAUUAUUAGAAAGCAACUAAGCAAUAUACCCAACAGGGAAAUUGGCAUUGUAAUGUAUUCCUAGAGCAUUCAGUCUCACAAGAUGCGCUGAUAGCCUUUGGAACUGUGCUUUACAAAGGGGCACGCAUUUGUUUCUGUGGUGAUUUAUAGCUACCAAUAAUCUUCAGCUGUGGUUGCCUUAUCUACUAUUCUGGAAUCUUCUGCUCUUGUUAGUAAACAGAAGAGAACUAUUAAACACAAAGCCAAGUACUCUUAAUCUCAAGAGAGAGACUUUGUACAGUAUGUUCUGUACAAAACUGAAAGACUUGAAGAUCACAGGCGAAUGUCCUUUCUCCUUACUGACUCAAAGUCCCAUUACUGACGAACAUGACAAGGACUCCACAGAAAACAGCUCUAGAGCAGCUUUGCCCAUCUGCAAAGAAGUCCAUGAAAAAGAUGCCCAAGGAAACCUUCCACAAAGGAAAACUAGCAGAAGUAGAGUGUACCUGCACACAUUAACUGAAAGCAUCUGCAAACUAAUCUUUCCUGAGUUUGAAAGGCUAAAUCUUGCACUUCAGAGAACACUUGCAAAACACAGAAUAAAAGAAACCAGAAUAACUGGGGAUAGAGAAGAUUUCGAAAAAAUAAUCAGCGAUCACGCUAAUGCAGCAGGUGUUCCCGUGGAGUCUCUACGGGAAUCUCUUGGUGAAGAGCUAUUCAAAAUAUGCUAUGAAGAGGAUGAACACAUAUUAGGGGUUAUUGGAGGAACCCUUAAGGACUUCUUGAACAGUUUCACUACUCUGCUGAAGCAGAGUGGCCACAGCCAAGAAGCAGGAAAAAAAGACAGACUUGAAGAUGCCUCCAUAUUAUGUCUGGAGAAAGAUCAAGACUUCUUAAAUGUGUAUUAUUUCUUUCCUAAGAAAAUCACGAGUCUUAUUCUAUCUGGUAUUAUUAAAGCAGCAGCUCAUAUUUUGUAUGAAACUGAGGUGGAAGUGAUGCUCAUGCCUGCUUGUUUCCAUAAUGACUGCACUGAGUUUGCUAAUCAGCCUUACUUGCUAUACUCUAUACAAGUCAAAAGUGCAAAACCUUCCUUAUCUCCUUGUAAACCACAGUCUUCACUCGUGAUUCCUGCCUCUAUGUUCUGUAAGACUUUCCCAUUUCAUUUUAUGUUUGACAAGGAUAUGUCAGUUCUUCAAAUUGGAAAUGGGAUAAGAAGACUUUUGACCAGGAGAGAAUUUCAAGCUAAGCCAAAUUUUGAAGAGUAUUUUGAAAUUCUUACCCCCAAAGUAAGCUCCACUUUUAGUGGAAUAAUGACAAUGCUAAACAUGCAGUUUACUGUACGAGUCAGAAGAUGGGAUAAUACUGAUAUGAAAUCAUCCAUGGUAAUGGAUCUUAAAGGCCAAAUGAUCUAUAUUUUUGAAUCCAGUGCUAUCCUGUUCUUGGGAUCUCCUUGUGUGGAUAGACUAGAAGAUUUUACAGGACGUGGAUUGUACCUCUCAGAUAUUCCCAUUCAUAAUGCACUGAGAGAUGUUGUUCUGAUAGGAGAGCAGGCCAGAGCUCAGGAUGGACUGAAGAAGAGGUUAGGAAAGCUAAAAGCGACCCUUGAGCAGGCCCAUCAAGCACUUGAAGAAGAAAAGAAGAAGACCGUAGAUCUUCUGUUUUCAAUUUUUCCUGGAGAGGUUGCUCAGCAGCUGUGGCAGGGACAAGUUGUGCAAGCCAAGAAAUUUAAUAAUGUCACAAUGCUUUUCUCUGACAUUGUUGGAUUCACUGCCAUUUGUUCCCAGUGCUCACCUAUGCAGGUUAUCACCAUGCUUAAUGAGCUUUAUACUCGCUUUGAUUACCAAUGUGGAGAGCUAGAUGUCUACAAGGUUGAGACUAUUGGAGAUGCCUACUGUGUUGCUGGAGGUUUACACAAAGAAAGCGAAACACACGCUGUUCAAAUAGCAUUGAUGGCCCUGAAGAUGAUGGAGCUGUCAGAUGAGGUGGUGUCUCCCCAUGGAGAGCCUAUCAAGAUGCGCAUUGGCCUUCACUCUGGAUCUGUCUUCGCUGGAGUUGUUGGGGUUAAAAUGCCUCGUUAUUGCCUUUUUGGAAAUAAUGUAACCCUUGCCAAUAAGUUUGAAUCUUGCAGUAUACCUAGAAAAAUAAAUGUCAGCCCAACAACUUACAGGUUGUUAAAGGAAUAUCCAGGUUUUGUGUUCACACCUCGGUCAAGAGAAGAGCUUCCACCAAAUUUUCCCAGUGAUAUCCCUGGAAUUUGUUAUUUUCUGGAUUCUUAUAUUCAAGAAACAAACUCACAGACUUGGUUUCAAAAGAGAGAUUUGGGAGAUGGCAAUGCCAAUUUUUUGGGUGAGGAAACAGGAAUAGACUAAAUUGUACAUUCACAAGUGUAUAGAAUAAAUUUAUAAAUAUUUUGAUUUUUUUUGUAUAAAUUGAAAAUUUUUUAAAAUGUAUGAAACAUGAAAGCACUUUAGAUUGUUAACACCUGAAAGCCAGUAUUAAAAUUUCAGGAAGUAUGUCACUGACUACUUUUUAUUUUUCCUUUGCAUAAGGAACAUAGUCACUAAAAUAAUGUUGCAACUUCACUGUUGAAAAUGCUACUAAAAAGUACAUUUUCCUUGUGGUAAUUUCUAAGUGCUACGUAACAACUCUCUCAGUUCUCUCUGUGCUGAGAAUUCUAGAUGUAUUAUACAUGCAGUGUGUGAGGAAAUGUAAUGUGCAAGUGACGCAGCCAUAUGCAGUGUUGUGAGCUGGUGCUUAUCAAUUACUAUUAAAAUACAUUUUCUUAGUGAUUCCAGAAGAAAAUAUCCAUUAAAAUAUUGUCAUUGCUAUCACAUAAUUCUCCCAGUGCAUCAUUUGGGCCCCAUCCUAGAAGCUGCUCACCAUCUUCUAACACCGACUGGAGUUAAUGUGUUGAGGGCGUGCAGCAUCUUCUGGAUCAGGCUGCUAAUUGUAGCUUAUACACGUAUAGCAGAGUUUGCUGCUUACUGUUUCAUGAACUUUAUUUUGUGUAUAAAAUGAAUAUAGAUUAAAAGACUGUAUAAUCACAUACUAAAGUCUUGUAAUCAUCAAACAAUAUUUUAAUUCUUGGGGUUUUUAAAAUACUUUACAAAAAAUAAUAGUAUCCACUUGCUAUUAUGUAUUAGAGCAAUAAAUGUUUUCCUUUUGUUGUCAUUUAAAUUUGAAAUGUUUUAAAAGAAGUGUAAUAAAACAUGCUUUGGAGUGUUUGCUUAGAAAGGAAAUUCCAGUCAGACUGUAUAAAAUGCAACAGAAUCUUACCACUUUACAGCUACCAUCCUUAUUGAAGGACAGCAAUGUGGGUAUGACAUGUUAUUGAAAUGCUUAUGGUAUACUCACUUUAAAGUCGCCAGGGGAAUCUAUAGGUGAACAGAAAUGCUUUAAAACAUAUGAACACAUAUACAAAGUAUUAAUAAUACUACAGUACAAGAUUUUCUAUUGUGGAUGGCGGAACAUGAGUGGAGAACUCUCAAGGGUCUGCCUCUAGAACUGGCAGAAAAGAGUUAGUCAUGACUCCUGAGUUUAGGAUUCUGCCUCUCUGACUGGCAGAUCCAUCUGCAUAGAAAUUUCUCUGUACAGCAGUUUGAUCCCAACUGCUUACUGCUUACACACAUACAAAUAUUUUCAGUAGUAUCAAAUAUUAUUAGUCGUUAUUCUUAUCUCUUAACCAUAAGAGUCUUUCUUCAAGCUACUUGCCAAGAAUCAGAUUUUGCUCUCUGGCAAUUUACAGGGAGCAAUUACAUUAUACUAAGGUGCCAUUUCAUUCAAUUUCAGAACUUGACUGGUUCAUUCUGAAGCUCAAUAUACUGUUUAUCCUACUAUUUUGCAGUAGAAACUCAUACAGAGCACGUACCAUCAGAGUCUUGAGAAAAAUCCUUAUAAAGAACUAGCACAAAGAACAUUUUAAAAGCAUAUUUUAAUUCAGAUUUCCUGUAAGCAGCAUUUGAACACAACUUGAAACAUUGACUGCUGCCAUUGCUUCAGGUCUCCUAUGUCCAUCCAAGCAUCUAAGUAUCCUAGAUGCUUAGAAAAAGGUCUGUUACACAAAAAUGGAACCUGAAAGUCUCUCUCUCUAUUAUAUAUAUACACAUCUCUCUUGCAUGUGCCAUAUAUAUAUACGCACGUGUACAAGCAUAAAUAUUUGUGGUAUUUUUAAUAGCAGUGUUUCAAGGAAACAAGGACUAUGCAAAUCUUGCGACUGAUCUUUGCAAUAUUGUUUUGGUCGGAAAAUUCCAUUCUAUUGAGUUAAAUAUGCAGAGGCUAGUAGCAGUCCCCUGUGGGUGCUCAUGGAUUUAGAAAUAUGAGAGUAUCUGACUACUGACUCUUCAGUAGGCUUGUGGUAUUAAGCCAGUAAUGACUGAAGUCAGUAGGAAUCUAUCCACCCCUGUCGUCUGUUGAAUGUUAAAAAUAAAUAGGCUUUUAAUUUAAAAGAAAUUCUUUCUCCCUAUCUACUGAAUUGGAGGGACUCAGCAGUGAAUUUCCUUUCAUCCCUGGGAAAGAACUAUUGCUGGACUAGAUGAUGGCCAUUCUCAAAGCCAGAUUUUGUAUAAACCUGUCAUUCAGUAGGAUGUUCAUCAUGGCAGUUCCUGACAGCUUCUUAACUGUAUCUCUGUGAAAUAAAAUGUGUCCUAGGCCAAAGUUCUUAUUAGAGAUCAAAUUCAUCUUCCAACAGUAUUUUUUAUACCUCUGUAUUUUUUAAUACACCCUAGGUUACAUUACCAGCUAGGAUAGAAUUGCUGUAGAAUUGUUUUUUAUUUCACUAACUUUUUUUUUCUGAAAAGUUCAAAACAUUCCCAUGUCUACACUUCAGCCUUAGUUCAGAGAAUAAUCCUGAUAAGGGGGUUAAGUGUACACAUAAAGCAAUAUGCUUGAACCUCAGUGAAGUAUAUAGGAUUUAGGCAUGUAUUUUAGACAAUGAUUCAAGAAAGUGCUUUAAAAUGUACACGUGUUCAGACCUGUUCUGCAAAAAAACCCCACAAGUCUAUGUUUAGCUUUAAGCAUAACUUAAGAAUUUAGGUCUCACUUAAGCUGUUCUUUUGUUUAAGUUUUUGCUGAAUUAAUAUAUAGUUAGUAAGGGACAAUUAUUUUUAACUAAUCUUCUCACUUAAAUUAAAGCCAAUAGGGAAAAAAAGAAUAAGAAAGCCAAAAAGCAAAUUGUUGAGAUAAACAAAAGGAAGGCAAUUUAACUGAUAUAAUACUGGGAAAUUUUGCAAGGAAAUAAAAUGGUUGUUUUUAA